UGGACAUCGCUGGCACACAGCGUGCUCAGCGGCGGCGGGGCGCUGGCCGGGUUCUACCUCCACCCCGAGAUGUCCAACGACCUGGUGGGCACACACCCGCCCGGGGCGCACAGCCUGGUGGCCGUGUCUGUAGGCUAUUUCCUUGAAGACUUUGUGGACAUGUUGUGCAAUCAGAAACUUCAUCAGUCCUGGGAGCUGCUCUUUCAUCACUCUGUGGUGAUCAUCUGCUUUGGUAUUGCUGUGCUGCUCCACCAGUACGUUGGCUUUGCCCUCGUGGCUUUACUGGUGGAGAUCAACUCCAUCUUCCUCCACCUGCGGCAGAUCCUGCUCAUGGCCAACCUGGUGCACACCACCUGCUACCGCCUCAACAGCCUCAUCAACCUGGGCACCUACGUGGUGUUCCGCAUUGCCACGCUGGCCUGGAUGACCCGCUGGCUCUUCCUCAAUCGCCAGAACGUGCCCCCGGCCACCUACGCCGUGGGCACGGUGGGCAUGGCAAUCAUGACACCCAUGAACAUCAUCCUCUUCUACCGCCUGCUGCGGAGUGACUUCUUCAAAUCCAGACGGGACCUGCGGCGGGAGAAGGAGGACUAGCCUGCGAGGAGGGGCAGUUCCAAGCCCACAGAGCAAGUGGAGCGUGAACGUGGCUGUUUCAGUACCUUGCAGGGAGGGGCUGCACUAACAGAGCAUCCAGGCUUUUCUUGUGGCUCAAGAUCCUGGGCCCUGCACAGCAGAGGAGGUGCUCAUGGACCAGGAUCUGCUCCCCAAACACUUUUGGAUGAUGUGGUCGGACAGCUGGAAGCUGCUCAGAGAAGUCUCGACAGGUCUCACAGCUCCCUGAGGCACCACUGAGAUGAGAAGGGGGCAGAACAGCAUGGUUUCCCCACUGCUCUUCCAGACAUCCUGGCACCACAGGGUGUUUCCAGUCCCUCUGGUGCUGCAGCCCCCAACAUCCCAUCAGUCACAGGACACUGAGUUCUCUGUGCUAUCUCCUAUGGGAACACCAGCAGCAAGACUCCAGGCAGACUCCUUGGAGCAAAGGAUGAUGGUGAUGGUCAAUAAAAACCAAACCCUGCACUGAUGAGCCCUCCCUGAGGAGAUUGUCCAUGCUGAGACCUGGCUGGCUGGCAGGUGACCACUGUGGGGUCCAGGUCAGGGACAGCCCCAACCUCUCCUUACAACUGGAGCAUUUUCCAUGUUGUUUCAUCCCCAGAUAAUUUAAGUGCCCAUAAAUGAGCGUGGGAGAGCGUGAGUGGCUGGCAGGAGGAUGCUGUGUGAUGGUAACUUCCCACAGAUCUGGGGUUUUCAGGCACCUUUUAGGACUCAGACAUCUGUUAGGAAUGCCAAGUUGUGCUGCAGAGCCCGGUGUAAUGCUCUCACCCGGCAGCAGAGGCUCUUACUAACACGAGCUUUUAAUAAAUGGCUGCAAAUGAAGUGGCUUGAGGGGAAAGGGCUGAGAGGGGACAAAAGGACUCAGCAUCCCAGCUCACUCUGGGGGUGUCACUGCUUAGCACAGUCUUUACCCUGCGUCUCCCUGCCACGGAGUGAAAAUACAGUGUACACUGGCACACUC